UGCAUGCUCUGCAGCCAUGGCAGCAAGUGACUUGGAUCCAAAGUCCAACAUCACAUGACGGCAAGACUUCAGGAAGUGUCUUUUGAACUUGUGACAAGUGAAUAUCCCUGUGUUGAAAAGACAUGGAGAUGAGCUUUGUGUUGCUGUGCGUGAUGCUGGUAGCCAGUGUGACACCUGUGUCUGCUGCAGCACAGCCAGGUAUCAUAGAGAGCCUGCUAUUGGCCACCAAUGAGCGCCCCUGGCUCUGGGGGCUCUACGUCUUCACUGUUGGACUUCCUGUCAUUCUCUUCAUUAGCUUCAUGUGGCCUGACAAGAGGUUUGGGCCCGCCGAUCAAGAGUAUUACUAUAAGAAGUCUGAUGAUGAUCAACCAGAUGAUCCUGAGCUCUCAGAGCGGACAGAGGCUGUGGAUAUCAAAGGAAAGGCUGACAGAGCUGGGACAAGGAAAAGAUAGUAACCAGAGGAAGUGUGACCUAGACCAGAAGGGUCAUUGAUCAGUGCAAUGAAAAGCACCACCAACACACAAGAGGAUGCUGGGCAAUCAGUUCGUUGGCCAGUCGUAUUGAUGAAUGGAUACAACUACACAGUGUGAACUCAAUAAUGUCUGAGGAGUGACCCAUAGUCAAAAAAAUACAAAAUAUGUUCUACCUCUGCCUCUAAGAACAUUUGGAGCUGGAAUGAAGGAUUUGGACUCCUCCACUUGUCUUAUUGUAGAAAAUCAGAGGUUGAAUAACACACAACGUUGUUUGGUCAUCUCAGGUCUGUCAUGUGGUUGUGUAUGAAACUAGUGUCAACACCUAGUAGGCAGAAAUAUUAACCUCAGUCAUUUAUGGCUAAUAAAAACCUCACUUUGAAACAAA